GAUGGGUGGAGAGAUGGAUUGACUUAAUACAUGGGCUCUCAUAGACCGCCCGUCUGGAGUCUACUGACUGCUAAUAUUGUUAUGACUAUUCGAUUCGAUCCAGCUCCAGCUCCAGCUCCAGCCACCAUCCCAAAUCCCCACAGGCGCUCUGGACGCUGGCUGCCCCUCUCUCUUGCUCUCUCUCUCUCUCUGUGCGCCGCUCCCAACUGUCGCAGUCGCGUCUGCUUGUGGGGUGCAGCAUCUAGUGUGUAUGUAUAGGGAUAUGUACUUAAGCAAGUAUUACAGCAUACGCCCCAUCCGCAGUCCCACCGCGACCAGCCUCCUGCUCCCAAGCAUCCCGCCAAUCUUGUGUUGGCGAAACCCAUCCUGGCUCUGCCACUGGCUGGCUUAUUUCCCUCCCGUGCCCGCAAUUCUAACAACCUCCGGGCGGGUCAAUGCUGUGCACCGACCGCACAGAACGGACCUUCAAACGGUCGCUUCAGUGCCUUGUACCUGCUGCUUGGGGCCAAACAGUCCGCCUGCUCUCUCGUAUCUCGGUCCAUUACGGAUCCCCAUGGACCACGGCCCACUGAAGCUCUCAUCAACACACAAGCAAUUCCGGCUAGAACCCUCCGCCUCGUCUAGUUUUGAACUGGCCCUCUGGCCGCUUUCCUGGCUUUGUUGUGUCCUCUGCCCGCCAGCGCAUGCUUGGUUACUUGGAUGUUGCCAGUCUGCCCGUGUCUGCUGCGGGGUCCGUGCCGUUCAACGGGAAACAGGAAACAAACAAAAGUCGAUGCAGAUGGCGAGGCCAAGAAUGGUUUUGACUCGAGCCCUGCCGCGUUGAACCAACAUCGCCCCCCCCCCCGGCCUCCACGUGACGACACCACGUGUACCGCCCUACACCCAAUGCACGCAAACCGCCUGGGAUUCGUCACAACAUCCAUGGCAGGCCCCUACACAUGCCAUGCAUCAUCAAAACCACCAUCGGUCACAGCAACCAGAUCGCUUCUUGCAAACGCGAUGCUGACGCCAGACUCUGGCCCCAAGGGACGUGCGUAAUUGCGCUUGCUAUAAAUG